CUUCCUCUCAGAGACGCUUGCACACAUUGACAGACACUGACUCAGAGAGACAUGGCUCGGCUAGAUGUUACAGAGACAUUUCAUGGCAUCAACUUUCCUGGACACAUGCAUACACAGGAAUCUCUUCGCUAUGCUACUAACUUCAAAUUUCAGGAUACAGACAUCUUGAUCGUCACCUAUCCCAAAUCAGGGACGACAUGGAUGCAAGAAGUUGUCACACUGGUAUCAUGCAAAGGAGAUCCAAUAAAAUCUCAAACACAGCCUAACUUCUUUCGAGCUCCCUGGAUUGAGCAGUGUUACAGCCACGAUGUUCUGAAGAGGUUCCAAGGUUCUCGGGUCCUCACCACUCAUCUGCCAUACAAACUGCUAGCUAAUGCACUCCAAGACUCCAAAGCAAAGGUCAUAUAUGUGGCAAGAAACCCUAAAGAUGUGAUUGUGUCUUAUUACCACUUCCAUAACAUGGCCAAAUUCCUAAAAGACCCAGACACGUUCUCUGAGUUUUUGACUGAUUUUCUUGAAGGAAGAGUGUACUAUGGGUCCUGGUUUGAUCAUGUCAAAGGAUGGACCAGCAAUGGGAGAAACUUUGAAAACUUUCUGUAUAUUACAUAUGAAGACAUGUGGGAGGACCUCCAUGGUGCCCUGGUGAAAGUGAGCAGAUUCCUGCAGUGCCCUCUGCUGGAGGACGAGUUAAUCAGCAUCCAGAAGAGCUGCAGCUUCAACACCAUGAAAGAGAACUCCAUGGUGAACUACACCCUGAUUCCUCAGGAAAUCAUGGACCACACCAAGGGCAAGUUCUUAAGAAAAGGUCAAAUCGGAGACUGGGUCAACACUUUCUCCCAGGAGCAAAGUCACAAUUUUGAUGUAGUUUAUGCUUCCCAGAUGGCGGACACCAUGUUGACAUUCGUGUGGGAAACAAAAAAAUCCAGCACAAACACAGAUCUUACCCCUUACAUGACAUGAAACAGCACUUUCCACGUUGGGUCAUGCUAUUUAAGUUUACAGAGUUAUCAAGAAUGUUGUGGAGAAGCGUAGCAACCACUUUGCACUUUGGACUAAGGACAAAAGAAACUGUAUACACUUAAGGAAGUUCAUUAAAUACAUUAGCUAACUGCAUAAAAUAUAUUUCUGCUUGAGUGCCAUGGCAGACUGCUUUACUGUCUUGCAGUUUAAAGGUCCAUAGUUUGAUCAUGUACUUGGAUUACUUUCUGUGUGGGGUGUAACAUUUUUUUUACGUGUACUGUUCUUGUGUAGUUCCUCUAGGUGCUCUUCUAGUUUCCUUCCAAAUAUAAAAGUAGCUGGACUGUUUGCAUAAAUAUAAAAGUAGUUUGACUGUUUGCAUAAACACACGGAGACACUAUGUAGAAAAAUGUUUUUUUUUUUUUAGACCCAUGAUUUCAGCUCAGAGAUUGGUAAUAUUUGAUGUUCUCAACCUAUGUAGCCCCAUAUACCUUAUUAGAGCAUAAAGCAUU